AGCUUGGCUACAGCGCGAGAUGCCAGGCACGGACCUGAGGCACACCUUGUUAGGCCAGUUAUUGUUAAGAAACUUCGAUUCGGUAAGUGCGCUGACGCGUAGUUUACAAACACGCCGUAUGAAAUAAACGAAGGCAGAUGCUUUAGUCUACGAUUGUAUGGGUGCUCGGCAAUUCAUCUCAGCAAGGAUGUGCUGUUUGUAGGGCCAGUUGAUUCAUACUGACACUUGAGAAAACCGGCGAAAAAUGAGACGCAACCCUUCGAGGGAUGGUCCGUUUUUUCAAAUAUAUGUCACUCGCUAGGCCAGCGUUGUGGCGUCUCUCGUUUCUUUCGUGUUUGCGUCUGCUUUCUCGUUGGUUUUGUCAAGUAUCUGUUUCUGUGGUCGUGCGCGAAUCUACUUCGUGCACGACUAUUCGAGUGCUGUUUGAUGCUGUAAAAUUUUCAGGAAGCCUCGACGUCCUCAAGACUCUCGGGCCUAUUUCUUUGCCUGUAAGCAAUAAUUUUCAGGCUUAUUUCUCUCAUUAUUUACUAACUCUGUGCUCCUUCUCCCAUGUAGUUAAACUGCUGUCUAGCACCAAAAAAAGUGAAACGUGUAGCCCGAGACUGAAUUAGGUGGGUCGCUUAGGCAACAUUGCAGUGGUAAAUUGCCUUCAACUGCAACGAGACUGUGUAUCCAGAAAUUGCGCCAACAGGUUCAAUGGCAGUGACCACAGUAGCAGAUAUCCAGCGCAUGGCAGAGGACAAGAUGGAGGAAGGCGCGAGGACCUACAUCGCCAUCGGGGCAGGUGAUGGACAGACCCUCAGGAAGAACAUCGAAGCCUUCAAGAGGAUACGCUUCCGGCCGCGGAUUUUCGUGGACGUGGAAAAAGUGAACACCACGACCUCCAUCCUGGGCCGUGCAGUCUCCUUCCCAGUGGGGCUGUCUCCGUCAGCGGCUCACAAGUUGGUAAACCCUGCAGGAGAGAUCGGCUGUGCUCAAGGCAAGGCCUCAAAUUGUGUCUUCUGCGCCUCUCGAUUUGUGACUUUUUCGGUGAAGACUUCUUUCCUAUGCUGCGACCUUUCGGCUAGCGCUGUUUAG